UGAGCUGUGGAGCAUCUGCAGUGCGCGUCGUGUGUUAUGUUGUGAGCGGUUUUGUUACGAAUGAUUUUUAACUAAAAGUUUGUGAUCAGUAGUCAUGAAAAUAUUUAAGCAUGACACUUAAAAGUCAACGUACACGCGUUGCGAUUUCCUGUCAAGUAUAAAUGAAAAAAAAGUCCGCUCUUUUGCAAGAAAAACGUUGUUUCUUUGCGAUAUCAUUGUAUUGCUCGUAGAGCGGGAACCAUCGAAAAACGUACAAUGGCAGAUUUCGAUGCGAUCUACGAGGAAGAGGAAGAAAAUGAACAAAAUUUGGAAGAACAUUAUGUGACGAUGGUGCCAGAUCCCAUAGUUAUUCGCGGAGCUGGUAAUAUGACUGUAUUUGGACUUAGCAAUCGUUUCGAAUCAGAAUUUCCAAACGGCCUGGUGUCACGCGUUGCUCCGGAAGAAUUCAAGGCAACCGUCAUGAGAAUGAAUAGUGUACUCAAAAAAACUUUGCCAGUUAAUGUUAAGUGGUUAUUUUGUGGUUGCGUUUGCUGCUGUUGUACAUUAGGUUGUUCUCUUUGGCCUGUCAUCUGUUUGAGUAAAAGAACGCAACACUCGCUAAAUAAAUUGCUAGAAUGGGAAAACAGUAGGCUUUACCAUAAACUUGGAUUGCAUUGGAAACUAGCGAAACAGAGAUGUGAUACUUCGUCCAUGAUGGAAUAUGUUCUUUUAAUUGAAUUUAUUCCAAAAAUACCCAUAUACAAACCCGAUUAAAGUUAAAAUCUGGAUUCGUAUAUAACUUGUGCGUAUAACAAAUUGGUGAAAAUCAGAGACAUGCGAAAAAGCCAAAUAGUUUUUGGCUAAAUUUGAAACAAGCAUGUAAAGUGCUACUAUAGAGAUGGCGUUUGCGGGAUGCAUAUUUUUGUAAAUAUUAUAUGUAGGAUUGCACAGUACAAUAAUGAGAUGUGAACGUAAAAUAUCACAUAUUAGUUUCAUCCCAUAAAAUCUAUUUGGCAAGAUCUACAAACGUGGACAACUUAUUUAUUUAUUUUUUAUUAAGAAGAAUUUACUUUCCUUUUUAUUCAAUGUUUUACCAUUGGAAAAUGAAAAUCAAUUAGGUAUUUACACUCGCUAAUUUUUCAAAAUGUACACUUUUCAAGUAGACGUUAAGGUUUCAGGUAAGAAAUUAAUCUGAUACAGUACAACGAAUGCAUUGAUGUAUUUGUAACGUGAAGGAGAAAAAUAACCAUUGAGAAAUCUUUAUACGAAUCAUGGUAUAGAUGAUAAUUGACUAUAAGAUGAUGUUAAAAGCCCAAUUUGAUUUGCGUCAGAUAUAUUUGAAUAGAAUUUUUUCUAGUAUUUGCUUGCCUAAGGCCUGGGCCCAUUUCUUCUCUUGUGUUCCAAUUUGCUCAGUUCGUUACUUGAAAAAACACUCCUAAGUCCUCUUUGUAUGUGCCGAACGUACCAUGGUAACAGUUUUGGUUAGCCAUACUAUCCGUUGCACCAGUUAGCCUCAUCCUUCCAUCGUUUAGUCUUGAGAAUACAAUAGAAUGUAAAAGUUGAAUGCAUCAUACAAUAACUCAAUGCGAUAUUGACUAGUGCCCACUCCAUGACUCUCUGUUGCGAAGAUUAAGCUAAAGGCAGCUGGUGGAGGAGAAUGAAGACAUUCUACUAGCUUGCCUAGUUGCGAUGAUCAAAGAGAUGUCAGCCAUAAUUGAUACCAAAGUUCGAAUUUCUGCAGGUUCUCGUCUAUGGCUGGAAAGUGUACAAAAGUCCGUCUCACUGUCCACUUCUGAGAGUAUAGUUUAUCGGUUUUUAUAUAAUACAAUAGGGUUGUCAUUGGUCCUACAGUUUGAGGCACUGAGACUCUCUUUUCAAAUGGGAAUGAUGUACUCCGUAAAGACUGUAUUGGAACAGUUUUGGCGUCUUUUAAAUGUUGUUUCACUUUUCUAUACGCAAACAAUGGUGACCAAGUCUUAGUUCUUUUCAUCUUAAUGCAAAGCCCCGACAAAAAGUUCAAUGGAUUUGCAAUCUCAUACCAAUUCGCUGGGUCUCUUUGAUCAUAUCUUCCAAAAGUCAUUAUUCGCUGUUCUGGAUUCUAAUGUGCCUCCUGUUUGAUUAUAUUUUUGCUGAAGUACUGUGUAACGAGUAAAUAAAAUGUUAUGUAUUUGGUCUCCAAUACUGAGGUCUGUAAAGCCCGGCUCGGCAAAAAUUGUUAAUAAUAUUUUCUUAUGACUAAAAGCAAUAAAACGUAUUACUUUUACCUUCUUGCCAGUUUCUUGAACAAUCUGAAUCUUUUUUGACGUUGGGAUUUAUUCCAUCCACUACUGUGCGUCUUAGAACUCCAUCUGGGUUUUGUUCCUCUUUAACUUGCAUCGGAACUUGUUGCGCUUGCUCCAUAUUUAAUACAAUUAAUAUUAUUUACUGUUUUUACACAAAAGAAAUAGGAUGAUACGCAUAUUUAGAAGUACCGCUAGAUGUCCAGUUUGCUAGUCAUUAAAACAUACUUAUUGUCAACAAUUUUUGAUUCUUUGCUAAUAAUUUUUCAAAAUGUACACUUUUCAAGUAGACGUUAAGAUUUCAGGUAAGAAAUUAAUCUGAUACAGUACAACGAAUGCAUUGAUGUAUUUGUAACGUGAAGGGGAGAAAUAAUCAUUGGGAACUCUUUGUAUAAUUGCAACAUGCAAAAUGUUCAGAUUUGUACAUACUUAUGUAUAGAAUAUAGAAACUUAUUUUGUCUAUAGGUUGAUUUAUUACCAUGGUGAUAUUAGAAAGUACGACGCAUACAGAUAUGUUUCACUUUCUGGCAUAAAUUUGACACUAUAAUUUAAGAUAUUCAAUGUAAAGUUUCGUAUUAUAUAGUCGACAUUUGACCAAUGAUAUGAGAUGAAUUACUUUGCAUGCAACAAAGAAUUAAUUUUUCGGUUAAUGAUGACAUUCUAUAAAAUAAAAAAAAAAGAAUGCAAUUACUAUGUUAUUUGUACGUUCAGUAAAAGUUUAGGUAUUCUCCAUUAUAUGUUUGGUAUAGUGUUCGCUUGAAAUUUUAAUAAAUUUUUACUGUUUUAUCGUAUGAUUCUGCACAGGCACUUCUCUGAAAGAAAUAAUGCUCUUUGGAAUAAAAAUUUUUAUUGCCGUAAGAAAACAUGUAUGAAAACUUGAAAAGUAUUACAGAUCUUUAUGUUGCUAUUCAGUGGCUGUGAUUGAGAAUGCAAGACUAGUUUUCAAUUCAACGUGUACAUUAUAUAUCUCUUAAAGAUAACAUAUGUAUAUUUUUGUGCAUAAGCAUGGCAGCUCUUGGUUUCUACAACGUACGUACUUAAUUUGCAAAAUUCUUAACAAUAAUGGUAAUAUUUUAUACUAGAACAAUAAUACAAUAUCUGCUACAAUCAUUCACGCAAAUGUUCAUGUUUCGAUAAUUAAUUUUAGGAUAUAUUGUGUUGCACUUACUAAAUAAAUAUGUUAAAGCGAUUAGUUUCUAAACAAUUGCAAAUUAAAUGUGUUUAAUCAUUGAUAGAAAGUGUAACUAGUAAUAUAACAUACGCAACAUGAGUUUAAAAAUAUUAUAUAGAUAUUAUGAAAAUGUACUGUGCAAUGGAACCAUCGUGAAUGUAAAGAUGUUUGAUCAUUCGCACGUUUGAGAGUUAGAAAAGUAGAAAACUGUGCAGAAUUUAUAAAUGUAAAAAUCAACGUGCUUCUGUGCUGUGUAUUAGUAACUUGUACACGCAUAAUCAGUGCUUUUUAAUAUUUUUUUUCUCGCAAGAAUUAUAUUAUUUACCAAAUUUAUUGAUUCGUAUAGAGCGCAAGUAUUUUCUGAGGUUUUGUAAGCGUGUAAAUAUAAAUAUAGGAUAUUGACAAACGAUAGAUGAAAACAAUUAAUCCUUUGUUAUUUAAAAAGAUGCGAAUUCAUAUCGUAAUUAAAUAUUGUGAUUAUAUUUAGUAAAUUGAUAACGGUUAGAGAUUGUUCAUUUUCAUAUCUUAUAUUGUUUUCUUUCGUAAAUGAAUUGAAAAAUAUAUUGGACAUUUUCAUGUUGGGAAAAAUUAUAUUUACAUUUAAAUAUUGAAAAUCUAUCAAUACGCAGAUAAGUAACAACUAUAACAGAUUUAGGGUUGCCUAAACAAAUUUGUAAAAUUGUUUCAAAGAGUACAUUGAAUCUGACGAAUUUACUAGUAUUUGGACAAAUAAACAUUGUUAUUAAAAAAGAAAUUAUUCAUUUGAAAAUAGAUAGAUUUAUUUAUAUAUUGGAAUUGUGUAGUAAGAGAGCAUCGACUUGAAAAUGGAAGGUAUGAAAUAUUGAGUCGAUAUGUAUAGUACGACAAGAGGGAUAUAUUUUUGAUAGAACAAGUAAUGGAAAAUAAUGUCCCUAGAAAUGUAACACCGCUUUUGUUAUAUUUAUAAUCUUUAUUAUGUUCCAUCAAAAUGUAAUGACAAAGUUAAUGGAGAAUGUUUAAAAAAAAUUGUAAUUUCGUUUAAUUAUCGUAAAAUAAAUUUGAUGUAACGAAAACUUUAUUGUUAACGCAAAAGGAAACAGUAUUUCACUUUAUGAAAAUGAUUAGGCUAUCAUGAUUUCAAUGUGUGCCUUUCACUU